AUGUUCACAAAUUCAUUAAUUCAGUCAACACCAACGACAGGCAAAUCAAUGAUGAUCUUCGAGAAUAAUUAUUCCUUCUUGGAUCCGAUGAUGAUUCCAGCACCACGUCCACCUCCAUAUGAACCUCCACGGCAACGGUGUCCCGAAACGGCAGAAACGGCGAGAAUGGCGAACAAGAAGACAGAAACUAUGAACUUCUACACCGUCGUAUUCUUUGCCAUCUUCGCCAUCGCCGCCGUCUCCGGACACCGUUGCCCAAGCAGAGGAUACAGUGGUGGUGGACGUGGAGGACGUGGAGGAGCCAUCGUCAUCGGAUCCACCAAAGAAUAA